GCUCAAGCCCCAACAUAUUUUUUUUUAAAUUAUAAUUUAUAGGUACAUACUUUUAAGAAUGGUAAACUUUCAUUUUUUGAGGGGGCUUUUAGUGUUUUUGGGUGGUUAAGCCCCUCAAGCACCCCCUAUUAAGCCUUGCUGAAUCUAACAAAGUUAAUAAUUAUAUAUGUAAUAUGUAUACAUUUUGCAUUUACGUACCUACCUAAAAUAAUAAUCAAGUAUAGGUAGGGCUUUCUAUUUUAUACACUUUUAAUUACCAAGUUUUUAUAUUUUUAGUCUCUUGUACGCAAUAUUCCAGGAAUUGCCAUUCAUAUAUCACUUACACAGUUAAUAUAUUCAUAUCUAACAAAAAACAAUCAGACUUCUAUGGUGAAGUCCGGGAUAGCUGGAUUUAGUGCUCGAUGUAUUACUGUUUCUGUAUUAAUGCCUUUCACUGUUCUAAAAACUAGAGUAGAAAGUGGACAGUAUAGUUAUACGACUUUAAUCCGUGGCCUAUCUGAUAUUUAUAGGUUGGAAGGUUGGAAAGUUUUGGGUCGUGGAUGGACACCAACAAUUUUACGAGAUGCUCCAUUUUCUGCAUUAUAUUUUAUGAUUUUUAUCAAAUUAAAAAAUAUAACAUUACAAGAAGAAUUAGACAACAAACAACCAUUUUAUAUUUUUGGAUGUGGUCUUUUUGCUGGAGGAUUAGCAUCCUGUAUAACUCAACCAUUUGAUGUAAUAAAAACUAGUCAGCAAGUAUCAAAAGAAAAACUUUUUUUAAUCGAUGCUAUUAUUUUAAUUCAACAAAAAUAUGGAAUAGCUGGCUAUUUUAAAGGACUGUCUCUUCGAGUUUUAAGACGAUCUUUAAUGGCUGCAAUGACAUGGACUGUGUAUGAAAAAUUGACUUAGAUGAUUAAUAAGUUAGAUUAUAAUAUUUUUAAUUGUUUAUGUAAUAAUGUGUGUUAUAUGUACAUAUAAUCUUGUUUAAAAAAUGUUACAAUUCUUUAAAAAAUAUCUGUCUAAUGUGAUCAUAUCUUAGUCUUUUAGAUUCAAAAUAAGAAAGCAAUAAAAUAAAGAGGAGAAACUUGAAUAUUAUUUUUUAUGUAUAGCUGUAAUCUUAAAAUUAAUUGGACUGAAAUAUUUUAGCAACAUAUUCAGAAGAGUACAUUUUUAUUUUAAGUUCUCUAGUCACCCUCAGUAGAUUUUUUAAUUUUAUGCAUAAUUUGGUAGGAUAUUUUAUUUAGUGCAUUUUUAAUUUGUUUAUUUUUCUAUGGACUGUAGCUUAUUAUUUUUUCUAUUAAUUAGAUUAUAUAAUAUUAUGAGGUAUUAGUUAUGUAAAUCAUUUGUUAACAUUUAAAUGUUAAAUUAUAGUGUAAUUUAUUUUAACCAAUUAUAAUAUAAUAAUAUAUUGGUUCAUG